UCGUUUCGAUAACCGUAGAUCAUUUCACGGUUCUGUGAGAAUAUUUCGAUCCAAGGUAGAAUUGAAGGUUUUAUAAGGCAUGAAAGAUUGCAUUGGAGAAAAGGUAUUAUGUUUUCCGAGAGGUCCUCCUUUAACAUGGAAAAAAUAAGAACGGAGACAAACCGGGCUAAUACAGUUACAUGAGUAGUAGUCAACAUGUCUGGUCGCGGUAAAGGAGGCAAAGGUCUAGGAAAAGGAGGCGCCAAGCGUCACCGAAAGAUCCUUCGUGAUAACAUCCAAGGCAUCACCAAGCCAGCCAUCCGUCGUCUUGCUCGCCGUGGCGGUGUUAAGCGAAUCUCUGGCCUGAUCUACGAGGAGACUCGUGGUGUUCUCAAAGUUUUCCUUGAGAACGUGAUCCGUGAUGCUGUGACAUACACYGARCACGCCAAGAGAAAGACUGUGACAGCCAUGGAUGUGGUGUACGCUCUGAAACGACAAGGCCGUACUCUGUACGGAUUUGGCGGUUAGACUGCACAGUCUGCCAACGCAAACAAACGGCUCCUUUAGGAGCCACCAAAUCUCUCAAAAGUCAUGACCAACAUAGACCGUCGCACGGAAAGAAAAGUUUUUCAGUCACAUCGAAAGAUAGUUCACUUGAGUACUCGAUGCGCGUUUGAUUAUUACAUUGUAAAAUAUUCUCCUGUCACAAUUACAACCAAACUCCCCGUAACAUAAAAGGUUCUUUAUACCGUAAUUACGCGCAGACUGAAUUGGGCAAAAGAUAGUCUACUCCGAGCAGUCUAUUUUGCUCGAAAAUCCGUUAGGCAGAACGCAAAGAAGUGAGCGGUCGUUAGCGUGCGCUACUCGAGGCUACUCCUCUCGUAUAUCACGCUCGAACGCUCACUUGUUUUGCGUUUUUUUUUCCAGCAAUAGACUGCUCGCAGUCUAUCAGUCUACUGAAGAAAGAAUCCAAACAGUCGUUACAAAUGAGCCACUUAUAUCUCGGAGGAAAAAAUUUAGGUAGACCGUUGUGACUGUUACACGUUAGAGUGUUGUGUGCGCAUUGCUGCAUGAAUAUAGAUAUUAGCAUGAUAAAAGAAUUAAGACUAAGUAAAAUUUGCAUUUGUUUAGCUUGGGUGUCCUGGCGUAGAAAACUGAAAAGAGUGAAAGAUUUUUGGCCUGAAAGCAACUAAUCUGCGAAAAAACGGCACACCCUCAUAAGGAACUGAGGAUCUAACUCCAUAUGGCUCACUAGUACUUGGGUUCACACACUGUCUGUCUUAGCCUAAGUCAAGCCAAGUCACCCGAAGUCUGCUUGAGCGUUCAGACAUUAGAAGACAAAUUCUUCCCUUGCAAAACUGUGAGUUACGUCUUAAAUUUCUUUAAGUUAGGUUUUGUUUUGGUUUAUGUGCCUAACGCGGGAAUCUCUAUCUGAUAAAACUCCGCGCUUUUGAAAUUUUUUUGCUAUCAGGUUUCUCAGUUAAGCAAGCCCUCAGUCAUGCUUAGAUCGUUUGAGUUUGCCGACACUAAGACAGAAAUCGCGCAUUUAUGACUUAGCGGUUCACGCGGGUGAAAAAUCACCCGCGUGAACCUAAGUCAGACUUAUAUUAGUGUUCUAAUGCGAACGCAACAACUAAAUGACUCGCAAAACGAAUACUUGAUCAUUGGGGCUUGGUUCUGAUAUAAGCACGGCCGAUUUAGCUAAAGAAAAUAAACUUAAAAGUGUUACAAACAGUUUAGUUGAUCGUGACUUUUCUAACAUUUGGUGGCUCCUAAAGGAGCCGUUUGUUUGUGAGUCAAAGCUUAUUUAAGCUUUGGCUUUCUUCUCGGUCUUCUUGGGCAGAAGUACAGCCUGGAUGUUGGGAAGAACACCUCCCUGUGCGAUGGUGACACCGGCGAGCAGUUUGUUCAACUCCUC